AUGAUUCUCGGCUCGCUCUCCCUGUUCUUCCUGUUCGUCGCUCGCGCUGUCGCUAAUCAUGUCGGCUCUGACUACCAUCCCCUGACCUACAACCUCGAUACUGGAGAGUCCAGAUUUAACGCAAAAGCCUGGGAGACACGAUAUGGCUCAUACCCUUUCCACUCGUACCGCUCCUCAAACCUCACUUCUCCUGCCGUGAGAAAGGCCACAGAUUCACUGCAAUGCUACGACGACAAUCUAAUCUUCAUUUCCCCUCGAGGCAAGAAAGUCGCAAACCCUGCCGUCACUAUACUGGACAAUCAUGGUCGACUUAUCUGGUCCAAGCAUGUCCAAGGCCAGCCAUACAACUUCAAAGUCCAAGAGUACAAGGGAGAAAAUGUCUUGACAUACUGGGUUGGCGAUGAUGCUGUUGGCGGUCACGGCGAAGGCUACUUCUACCUUCUCAACAACAAGUACGACGAGAUUGCUCGUAUCAGAGGUGUCAAUGACCUUCGAGCUGAUCUCCACGAAUUGACCAUCACUCCCGAGGGCACUGCUAUCGUCACAUUCUACCAGAUCUAUCCUCUGAAUCAACCAGGUAUAUUCAGGAUCAAAGACACCGUCUACAUCUGGGACUGUCUGUUCCAAGAAUUCGACAUUGCUACCCAAAAACUGGUCUUUGAGUGGAGAGCUUCUGACCACCAUGCUCUGAACGAGUCGUAUGCCCUCAUCGGUACAGACGGCUAUACCAUGGAACACCCCUUUGACUGGUACCACAUCAACAGCGUCCAAAAAGAUGACCUGGGCAACUAUCUCGUCUCCGCCCGCUUCACCUCCUCGAUCACCUACAUCAAUGGCCGCACUGGCGCAAUCAUCUGGAUUCUAGGUGGCAAGCGCAACUCCUUUACCGAUCUCAGCAAUGGCCAAGCAACAAAUAUGCAAUAUCAACACCUCGCGCGCUUUGCACCUCUGACCGCUUUUCCUUCUCUCAUGACAAAGGAAAUCGCUGAGCACGGCAAGCAGACUCACAAAGAUGGUACCACAAAGCAAUUACUCACUCUGUUCGACAACGGUAUCCCACCACGUCCUGCCCGAGGUCUGAUUCUCGAAUUAACAUAUCCCACUCCUGGAAGCGUCAACACCAUUGCCCCCCUGACUGCCACACUCAUUCAAGCUUACGAACACCCUUUACACAUGGACUCCGUAUCCCAAGGCUCUUUGCAGAUCGUAAACUCAAACCUCACUGCUCACUCUGACCCUCAUAUUCUGCUGGGCUUUGGCUGGCAAGGCACUUGGACUGAGUACUUUGCUAAUGGCACUUUACUCUGCGACUCACGUAUCGUAGUCGAAGCAGCUAUGCAGAGUCCAGGCAGAGGAGAUGUGCAGAGUUACUCAGUGCUUAAAUUUCCUUGGCAAGGCACGCCGUCUCAUCCUCCGGAAGCGGUGCCGAGUAAGGAUGAGAAAAGUGUCUUUGUGAGUUGGAACGGGGCGACUGGUGUCUUUGCUUGGAGGCUGUCGUUUAUGGUUGAAGAUCGGUGGCAAAUCCACAGAAAGGAGCUGAAACAGGGCUUCGAGACCGAGAUCGAUCUUCCUCAUGAUUUUGGCAAGGAGCUGAGAUAUGUAGUUGUGGAAGCGCUGGAUGAGAAUGGAAAAGCGCUUGGCAAGACGCAAGUUGUGGAUUUGUGGAAACAAGGGCUGAGGAGUAGGAUCACGCAGAUGGCGCCUUUGGAUCAUGGAUGGGUUGUGCUUGGAUUGGUGUUCAGUGUUGCUAUUCUGCUGUUCGUUGCUGAUCGUGUGGUCAAGAGUAGGAGAAGUGGGAGCGGGUUGGUUGCUUAUCAGAAGUUGAGAAGGCAUUGA